AUGCAUGGUGGGGGACGGGUGGGCGUCGGGGCGGAGCCGCGGGGCACUGUGGGAAAGAGAGGCAAAGAGCGCGGUGCAUGCAUGGAGGAGCGGGAGCUGCAGGAGCGCGAGUUCUUCUCCUGGGAGGAGUUCAGCGGCUUCUUCGACGCCUGGUGCGAGCAGCGCAAGGUGCUGUUCUUCGUCAAGAACUCGGUGCCCCUCGCCAAGUGCAAGUGGGCCAGCGGGCCGCCCCUGCCCUCCGUGGUGGACGCCCUCAAGUACAGCUCCGUCAGGCUCGUCUGCAAGGAUGUGCGCGGACCCGGAAAGGCCGACGGAGGCACCCCCCAGAAGGGCUGCACGGCCUCGAUCGUCCUGAAGAUGAGCCCCCGGCGGGACCGCCUCGUUGUGACCGAGUGCCGGCUGGCUCACAACCACGCCCUGUGCCCCAUCGAGUUCGCCUACUACUUCCGCAAGGGCUACCUCCUGGCCAACUCCUGCCUGCCGGUCCGCACCACCAACAAGAUCUCCAAGCAGUUCGUGGCCCCGGCCGACGUCCGCCGCCUCCUCUCCUACUGCAAGAGCCGGGCCCACGGGGUCCUCGACGCCCUGCGGGUGCUGGAGUGGCUCUUCGCCGGGGACCCCGGGGCCAAGGUGAAGCUGGUGUUCGUGGAGGACCAGGUGAUCGUGAAGACGGUCUUCUUCCUGACGUCGGCCAUGAUGGCCCUGCUGCGGCGGUACCCGCUCAUGCUCUUCUUCGACCGCAUGCUGGGCCUGAACGAGGAGCUGGACCUGUACACCGUCCUGUGCGUGGACGGCACCGGGCGCGGGCGCGAGGUGGCCUGCUGCCUGACCCGCAAGGCCACCCCGGACCUGCUGCGCUUCACCCUGGCCUCGCUGGUGCAGAGCGUGCCGGAGGUCAAGCCCCGAGUCCGCUGCGUCACGGUCGGCGUCGAGGUCGGCCCCCAGCUGGAUGCCGUCCGCGAGCUGCUGCCCAACGCCCGCGUCCAGAUCUGCCGGGCCCAGGUCCUGGAGACGCUGUUCAGCAAGGCCCAGGAGCUGGGGGCCGGCGAGGACGGGCGGCUCUGGCCGCUGCUGUGCCGCCUGGCGGGGGCCCCCUCCCCGGCCGCCUACGGCCGGGCCCGCCGGGAGCUGGGGGCCUCCUGCCCCGCCGCCUUCGUCAGCUACUUCGAGCGGCGCUGGCAGCCGCGCUGCCAGAUGUGGGCCCGGUUCUGGGCCUUCGAGACGGCGCGCAACGUCAACGCCUGCGAGCUGGUCGGCCAGCACCGCCGCCGCCUCCUGGCUGGCCUCAGCCCUUCCCCCACCGUGGCCCAGUGCAUCCUGGACCUGGUGGCCCUGCAGCGGGAGGAGGGGGACGACGACGACGAGGACGAGGAGGACGACGACGACGAGGAGGAGGAGGAGGAGGACCCCGGCGGGGGCCGGACGGAGAGGGCCGGAUGGGAAACGGCACCUCCUCCGGAGGGGGAGGCGGAACCGUCGCCCGGACGAGACCCGGAGGUUUCUGGGUGGGAGUCGGGGGCGUCCAGACCGGAGCCCGGGGACCCGCGGGCACCUCCACAGGGGUCUAGACGGGGGGCCGGGUUGGCACCCGGCCGGGAGACGGACCCUUCCCCGGGGGAGACGGAGACGUCCGGGUGGGAAACGGGCCCGGAGCUGCCGCCGGGGGGGUCGGGCGGGGCGACGGCGGAGGGCGAGGGGCCGGAGGUGGCGUGGUUCCGGGCGGCCUGCGGGGCGGAGGGGGCGGGGCUGGUGGCGGAGGAGCUGGGCUUCGCCCGGCAGCACGGGGCGCGGGGGUUCCGGGCGGCGGCGGGCGGCGGGUACGCGCUGCGGGACGGGGCCUCGGAGUUCCGGCUGGACGGAGCUCUGACGCGCUGCUCCUGCUCCAUCCACGCCACCCGCCACCUGCCCUGCCGCCACCUCUUCGCCGCCCGCAUCCUCACGGGAGCCGCCCUCGUGGACGUGGCGCUGCUCAGGGACAGCUGGGCCGGGGCGGACGGACCCUGAGGGGGCCCCGGCUCCGCGGCCCCCCCGCCUUCCCUCGGCCCUGGGGGGGGUGGGGUUGCCCGGACCUUUCCGGGUGUCCGACGGACCGAGCCGGGACGCCUGGGUGAUCGUCCUAGAGAAGCGGCGUGGCUCAGCGGAAAGAGCCCGGGCU